CACCCAAAGUUCCACCACCACGCCGUGUAGCCUGCAGCCUCCACGUCUCCGAGUUCUCUAGUCGAGGCUUAGAGGAGCGCGUAGGCCGGGAAGGAAAGUCGGAAUUCUUGCGCGGUUCGUGAUCCAGCUGCUGGACUCUCUGCACCGUCGUCUCCUUUACCGCGCCGUGGCUGCUGGGAGCUCGACCAUUCUGAACGCUGCAAGAGAAUGUCGGCCAGUGGGACGCUAUGCAUUGCCGCUCACAGUCACACCUCACACAAACAAAAUGAGCUACAGUUUGAGAAAGGAGAUGUGGUGACUCUAAUUGAUGAGCCCUCAGGGGAUUACUGUCAAGCGACUGCGGCAGACGGCAGUGUGGGACUCGUUCCCAUGUCUUCAAUCCUGGAACGACCCGGAGUGGUGCUACAACCCAUGCCCUGGUUCCACGGACCAAUCACAAGGUUUGAGGCUGAGAAGAUAUUGGACAGGAACCAAGACGGCCAGUUUCUGAUGAGGACGAGUCAGAGCACAGAAGGAAUCUAUGCCUUGGCCGUCUCGCACAAAGGGGCAGUCAGUCACUAUCUGAUAGCGAUGGACUUCUCCACACGAAAACUGACCAUCUCUGGCAAACUUUACUUCCCAACUCUUCUCGAGCUAGUCAACUAUUACAUGAGAAAUGAUGAGGAUCUGGGGACAUGUCUACGUGUACCUCGGAUUAGACCGCGGUGCCCUGGAAUAUCUACGUCGACACUGAGACUGUUGACACCAAGUGGGGUCUUAGUGAAUCUCAUCUCACUCUUGGAACGUCAAUAGGGAAAGGGACUUGCCGAGUCCUCACUGGCACAUACACAAGGUUAUGCAGGUGGCCGCCCACCGGAGAGGAUUCACGACGAUGAGAGGAGUGGAGUUGGCCGUCACUGCUCUCCUUGAGAGAAGCAGCGUCAUGACUCACAACUGCACCACAAGAACCUGUUCAACUGGUUGACUGGUUUGAAUGUUCGCCUCUCAAGCUGCAUCGUCCUGGAAGUCAUGGGGAAGGGCUCGCUACAGAAGUAUCUCUUUUCCAGAGGUGUCGAUCGGUUUUUUUUGUCACACAAUCAGAGCUUCUGGCUUUUCAGAGGUGUGUGUUCCGUGCAGUGCUAAAAUGUGGCGCAGAGAUUGUGGCACAGAGAUCUGGCAGCCAGAAACGUCCUACUCAACAGCAACGGACAGGCUAAGGU